UCUAUGGAAGACAGCCUCGCGACAGCAGCGCUCGGGGGUGGAAGCUCACAACACUUCAUUUGGCGGUAAAAGCAAAUCUUGAAUAUAAAAAAAUGUCAGUAACAGAGGCAAUGGAAGAGGGAGAGGAGGAGCAGCCUAAUUUGGGCGAUGAAGCUGAAGAAAUUGGAAAUGAAGCAAAGCAGGUGGAAGAAGAAUAUUCUUGGCCUGUGAUUAGGUUCGAUGUUCCUCCUCAUAGAGCCUAUCAUUUCUGCCACCAGUUCAGGACUCCUUCAAACCCUAAUAAUUUUCUCAAGGGAGUUAAGUGGUCUCCGGACGGCUCAUGUUUCCUUACGAGCUCUGAGGAUAAUACUUUUCGUGUAUUCUCAUUACCAGAAAAUGGGAGUGAUCAUCAUGAAAGUGCUUGUGAUGAAGAUUCUUAUGCUGCAAGCAUUGUUGUCAGUGAGGGAGAGUCGAUACAUGACCACUGUUGGUACCCAUACAUGUCUGCUUCAGACCCAGUUACCUGUGUUUUUGCAAGUACUACUCGGGAUCAUCCCAUUCACCUUUGGGAUGCUGCUUCUGGUGAGCUGCGUUGCACAUAUCGAGCUUAUGAUGCUGUGGAUGAAAUCACAACUGCCUUUUCAAUUGCUUUCAACCCUGCAGGAACUAAAAUAUUUGCUGGAUACAACAAAUGUCUAAGAGCAUUUGAUGUACAUCGCCCUGGUAGAGAUUUUGAACAGUAUUCUACAAUUAAAGGAAAUAAAGAAGGGCAAUCAGGCAUUAUAGCUGCAAUUGCAUUUUGUCCAACUCAUACUGGGAUGCUUGCUACGGGUUCUUAUAGCCGAACUACUGCAAUCUAUAGGGAAGAUAACAUGGAACUCUUAUACAUCUUACAUGGCCAAGAGGGUGGGGUCACAAGUGUCCAGUUCUCAAAAGAUGGCAAUUUUUUGUAUACUGGAGGCCGAAAGGACCCUUAUAUACUGUGUUGGGAUAUACGCAACACUGUCAACACUGUGUACAAGCUUUAUAGAUCAACUGAAACAACCAACCAGAGGAUAUUUUUUGACAUUGAGCCCGGUGGCCGACAUCUUGGUACAGGUGGUCAGGACGGUUUGGUUCAUAUUUAUGAUCUUCAAACUGGGCAGUGGAUAUCAUGCUUUCAAGCUGCAUCUGACACCAUUAAUGGUUUCUCUUUCCAUCCAUUUCUGCCAAUGGCUGCCUCAUCAUCAGGCCACCGGCGAUUUGGAAUUCCUGAAUCCAAUGAGGAUUUGAGCCUUGGUAUAUCUGGUAAUGAAAACUGUGCUUCAGUGUGGAGUUUCUCGUAUUUGAGCAGCUGAGAAUGUUCCCAUAGGAACUUAAAGCAUCUAAAGACAGAAACCUACACUCACGGUCCUCAUGCAACUCUAAAAGGUAUGUAUAACUACAUACAGGCCAUCAGUUUUUGUCAAGGAUAGAUUACUAUCAUUUUACCUUUUCAUUGUACAUGUAACAUCAAACUUUUUGAUGUAACCUAGAGAACAUCAAGAGAUAUGUGUCAUUGAGAGAAAGGAUAGAGGCUGAAUGCACCCAAUUUAAGAAAUUUGUGUGUACAUUACACAUGAAAAUCCAUGGCAAUGUUGCAUCCAAUCCCCUUUUUUGGGCUGUCCUUGGUGCUUUUUCAAUUUAUUUGUCUGAUGAUGGGUUCA